AUGGCAGAUGGAGUUUUAUAUCUUUGCGGUCCUGAAUCGGCAGCUUCAGCUUCUUCUACGAAUUCAUGUACUGACCUUACGCAGUACCGGCUACCACUGCUUGAGAUUGUUGGUGUUAAAUCAACAAAAUUGACGUUUUCAGUUGCUUUUGCAUAUUUGGAACAUGAAAGGGAGGAGAGCUUCACAUGGGCAUUACAGAAGCUUAAAGAGUUGUUAUAUCAUGAGAAAUUGCUACCGAAUGUCAUGGUGAUGGACCGGGAACUUACAUUAAUGAAUGCUAUUGAUUAUGUGUAUCCAAAUGCAUCUCAUUUGUUGUGUACGUUUCAUAUUUUAAAAAAUGUUAGCAUGAAAUGUAAAGAGUAUGUGAAAUCAGAAAGACAAGAACAUGUCAUGGAUCAAUGGAACAACAUGAUGUAUUCAAAUACAGAAGACGAAUUUGAUGUACAUCUGAACCACUUCGAGAGUGUAUGUGGUGAUAUUCCAUCAUUUUUCAAACAGUGUAUACAACUCAUUGGAAAAGAACUAGAAAAAGUCAAAUUUGUUGGUGCAAGCAAGGAGAGGUGUGGUUGUUACAUUAGAACACCACAUGGGUUAUCGUUUGCGUGUCAGCUCGCCGGUUACCAGAUUCUAGGCAUACCUAUACCUUUGGAAACUAUUCAUGUGUUUUGGACGAAAUUGCAAAUUUCAAAACAUGAUGUGAGUCCUGACGAGAGCAAGUGGGAUUUAGAUGAGGAGUGCAAAGAGUUGAAGAGACAAUUCAGUACUCUGGAUAUUGUGGGUCAAAGGGCGUUGAAUAAAAAAGUUCGUGAUCUAGCCUAUCCAUCCACAACUUUAAUGUGUCCAGUGAAAUACAAGCCAAAGAGAGGAGUUAAGAAGAGUAGAAAAGGUGAGGAAAGUGAUGUACAUCGUGAUCCAAGUCAGUGGGAAUAUGCUGAUGCUUCGCAGGAGAUUCAGACUACAAAGAGAUCAUGCACACAACCAAGUGGGAGUCAAUCGUCAACCAUGCCGAUUGUUAAGCAACCUUCUAUCAAUUCUGCAAAAGGAGAGUACUUGUCACAGUUUCCUGCUUUCUUUUAUCCAUACAUCAAUGACAUUAUUGAUGUUGAACCAGAUGGAAACUGUGGUUUCUUUUGUAUUUCAUCUGCACUAGGAUGGGAAUCUUAUGAUGUUUGGAUGCAUUUGGAUACUCAAAUCCAUCAAUAUGAAGAAUUGUUUUCCAAGUUGUUCUAUGAUACUGUCUCUUAUGUUAGGAAUUCAUUACUCGUAAAACACUUGGGUGUUCAGAGUAAGGAUAAAUGGAUGUCGAUUUCAGACAUGAGUUAUCCUAUUGCUUCUAGAUAUAAUGUUGUAUAUGUUUCUCUUUCCAUGAGAAUCAACAUAACAUUUUUCCCGCUUCUCAUAGCUCCACCCCCAUACACGAGUCGACAUACAAUAAUUGCUGUUGGUUUUGUCAACAAUAAUCAUUGGGAUCAGGAUAAUGGAGAUCCACCAAGGCCAGUUUAUCAGGAGAUACUAGAGGAGGAGCAUGCUAAGGCAUAUCUGGCUGUUGAUGUGUUGCCUAUAUGUCCCAGUAUCAUGGGGAUUGAGCAUACAUGUAUUGAUAAAAGACUCUUUUCGGAUAGAUCUGAGGUGAAGGACGUUGUAGAUGACAUGAUGACUUAG